AUGAAGGAUUCUACAAAUUUGGGGCUACUUGCUCUGGCCUUUGCAGGCAGAUCUUUCGCACUCAUCGGCUAUGGCAUUCAAAUGUACAAACCCAAUUGCGCAUUCGCAUGUCGCAGCUCGUUUGAAAGCGCCAUGCUCAUUUGCUCGACUGAUGAACACGCACAUGGAGCACACAAUCAUGGCACAGGACCUACGCCUCCCGAUUGCCGCGCGAACGAUACCCCAUGGCUCACCACUCUUGCUUAUUGCAUCAACUCGAAAUGUGCAGAUGUGGCACCGUGGAGACUGGAGGAAUACUGGGCAGACGAAUGCACUGGAGACCCCAACGUGCAGCCGAAGUGGACAUACGCAGAGACCUUGGUGGAACUAGCAAAGAAUGGCGAGCCCACCCGGGAGUUGGACAUGGAAGAGGAGAUGCCACUGCUGAAUUUCACCGCAAGGUAUAAUGAGGCUUCCUGGGAGCAGUACAGGGGCACGCUGUUCCAUUUCGAAUAUGCGGAGACGAUCCAUUCGCGAUACGGCAUCAUUCUGCUGGUAGUCGGAUUUGGCACACCAAUCUUCUUCAGUGUGCUCGGUUAUCUCCCUUUCAUGACGACUCUGCUCGACUGGCUCAAGCCUCGAUUCGUGUAUCCUUCUAUUGUCGGCACGUACCAUGUCCGCGCCCUUCCCUUCCAACUUGGAAACGCUCCAACGAUGGGACAAACCUGGUACAUCCUCAUGUUCGUGAUCUUGAACGUCAUCCUGACAGCAGCGGGCUACCGAUCCUAUCAACCGAACAAGUGGUUUGCCAGUCAAUGGGAAGAAAUUAUGGGCUAUGUCUCAGCGCGCACUGGUGUCCUUGCCUUUGCCCUCGCGCCACUCGUCAUAUUACUCUCCGGGCGCAACAACAUCCUCCUUUGGCUUACCAACUGGAGCCAUUCGACCUAUAUGUUGCUGCAUCGAUGGGUCGCGCGCAUAUUUGCCCUCCAGGUGAUACUUCACUCUAUCACGGAGUUGCACCUCUACAGAGCCAGAGGCGAACUAGCCACUGAACAAGUAGCGCCAUAUUGGAUAUGGGGUAUCGUUGCAACUCUCGCCGUUGUUAUCAUGGUCGUGGCCUCGACUUUAUAUCUUCGCCGAUUGAGCUACGAGGUUUUCCUGAUAUUACACAUCAUUCUGGCGGUGUUCGUCCUUGUCGGCUCGUGGUACCACGUCGAGUUUCUUUUCAGCCGUAAGUGGGGAUACGAGUUCUGGAUCUAUGCAGCAUGCGCAGUUUGGUUCGCGGACCGCCUCAUGCGCGUUCUGCGCCUGCUCAAGAACGGUGCCAGGAGAGCUGAGGUGCGCGAUGUCAGCACAAACAUCGUGAGGAUCGAUAUCAAAGAUGUGCGAUGGGACGCUUCCCCGGGGAAGCACACAUACGCCUACUUCCCCACUCUGAACCCGCUACGACCUUGGGAGAACCACCCAUUCUCCAUCAUCCCUACGGCCCUACUCACCUCCCGCGACCACAGCCUCAUGGGAGCAAGCUCGCAUUCUUCAUCCGCAGGAUCCCAACACUCGCAGCAUGAAGACAUUGAAAAGACCGGUGUGUCUACCACGGCUAUAUCUGGACGGGAAUCGAAGCACAUUACCACCAGUGGUAUUUCGCUCUAUGUGCGGAAGUCGGCGGGUCUAACGAAGGCCCUGAAGUCUGACGCUUCAUUACUCACCUUCCUUGACGGGCCUUAUCCAAACAACUCAACAUCUGGGGUUCUGAAGACAGACCGUCUGCUUUUAAUUGCUGGCGGUAUAGGUAUCACGGCAGUUCUCCCUUACCUCGCCCAUCAUCCAAACGUGAAGCUUCAUUGGAGUGUGAAGAGCGAAGCUGAAGGCCUUGUUACCGACCUCGGCUGCGUCUUGAAAAGUAUGAGAGAGUGUGAGGUGAUUGUUGGGUCAAGAUUGAAUGUCGAAGGCUUGCUGGACAAGGAGGGGGCCGCCGGGUGGGACAGGAUUGGCGUGGUGGUUUGUGGUCCAGGAGGGCUAUGUGAUGCAGUGAGGGAUAGUGUUGCGAGGAGGGGCAGGCGGAAGGAAAAGGAUGUCGUGUGGGAACUUGAUGUUGAGGCUUUCAGCUGGUAG